GGUCCGAACAGCCAAUCACAGCGGAGAACAGCGGGUCUCCAUGGUAACGGCAGAUCGUUUGGGGAAGGGCAGCCUCGAUGUCAGACUUCAGCCGCAGGUAAAAACAUCAGGUGUUUGUGUUUGCUUCUGUGUGAUACCUGGUGUUUCUGCUUAGAACCAACGCUUUAAGGUUCCACUGUUCAUGUUCCACGGUUCUGUUGUACUGCAGUCACUGGACUGAAGCUGGAUGGUUCUACUGCAGAAGAUGGCGGGAACAUCGAGACACGAUCGAGAGAUGGCGAUGAACGCCAAACGUCAGCUGUCGGAGUGUUCAGACCCGGUGGAGAGACUCAGACUGCAGUGUCUGGCCCGAGGAUCGUCUGGGAUCAAAGGUCUGGGCAGAACCUUCAAAAUAAUGGACGAUGACAACAGCCGCUCCCUGGACUUCAAGGAGUUUCUGAAGGGUUUGAACGACUACGGGGUCCUGAUGGAGAAGCAGGAGGCCACGGCUCUGUUUCAGCACUUCGACCGGGACGGGAGCGGGACCAUCGACUUCGACGAGUUUCUCAUCACUCUGAGGCCACCCAUGUCUAAAGCCAGGAAGGAGGUGGUGAUGCAGGCGUUUCGGAAGCUGGAUAAGACGGGUGACGGGGUGAUCACCAUCGAAGACCUGCGGGGGGUGUAUAACGCCAAGUACCACCCCAAGUAUCAGAACGGAGAGUGGACAGAGGAUCAGGUCUUCAGGAAAUUCCUGGACAGCUUUGACUCUCCGUACGACAAAGAUGGAAAGGUGACCAAAGAGGAGUUUGUCAACUAUUACUGUGGAGUCAGCGCCUCCAUCGACAGCGACGUCUACUUUAUUCUAAUGAUGAGAAACGCCUGGAAGCUCUGAGGCAAAGGAAGAAGGACAUGAGCUCAGACUGUCGUUCAGUCAGUGAGAGAAGCAGCUGGUGACCUUUACAGUCAGGAUCCAUGUGUAAUGACCACAGUGAUGAGUUAAAUCAACCAGGGUUAGGGUAACUAACUAUCUCUCUGUUUCCAGCUACUAACACAUCAUUUCUUUCCAUAUGGAUGUAGUGAGUCGAAAUGAGUCUAAAUCAUUUUGUUUGUUCAAAAAUAGUAGAAUAUUUUCUUUGUGUUUAUUUUAUACUGUUGAAGUUUAAGUAGAGAAUAUGUUUAAUUCCCAUUUUUCAGUUUUAUUGUACAUGGAUAUGCAGCACAACAGGCUUUGCUGAAAUAAAACAGUGAUUAAACCACGUAUGUACAGUGUAUGUGGCACAGA